CCUGAAAAGGAAUACCAGGCGCCAUCUUUGCCAAAGAAUGACUACUACAAGAAGCCAUCAGUUCCAGAAGAUAGCUACAAGAAGGUGCCGUCUGUUCCAAAAGAUAACGAAUACAAGGCACCCUCGGUGCCUGAAAAGAAAUACCAGGCGCCAUCUUUGCCAAAGAAUGACUACUACAAGAAGCCAUCAGUUCCAGAAGACAGCUACAAGAAGGUGUCGCCUGUUCCAAAAGAUAACGACUACAAGGCACCCUCGGUGCCUGAAAAGGAAUACCAGGCGCCAUCUUUGCCAAAGAAUGAGUACUAUAAGAAGCCAUCAAUUCCAGAAGACAGCUACAAGAAGGUGUCGUAUGUUCCAAAAGAUAACGACUACAAGGCACCCUUGGUGCCUGAAAAGGAAUACCAAGCGUCAUAUUUGCCAAAGAAUGACUACUACAAGAAGCCAUCAGUUCCAAAAGAUAGCUACAAGAAGGUGCCAUUUGUUUCAAAAGAUAACGACCACAAGGUACCCUCAGUGCCUGAAAAGGAAUACCAGGUGCCAUCUUUGCCAAAGAAUGACUACUACAAGAAGCCAUCAGUUCCAGAAGACAGCUACAAAAAGGUGUCGUAUGUUCCAAAAGAUAACGACUACAAGGCACCCUCGGUGCCUGAAAAGGAAUACCAAGCGUCAUCUUUGCCAAAGAAUGACUACUACAAGAAGCCAUCAGUUCCAAAAGAUAGCUACAAGAAGGUACCGUUUGUUUCAAAAGAUAACGACCACAAAGUACCCUCAGUGCCUGAAAAGGAAUACCAGGAGCCAUCUUUGCCAAAGAAUGACUACUACAAGAAGCCAUCAGUCCCAGAAGACAACUACAAGAAGGUUCCAAAGGUACCCUCCGUUCCUAAACAUGAAUACGAGGUGCCCUCUUUGCCAAAGAAUGACUACUACAAGAAACCAUCAGUUCCAGAAGACAAUUACAAGAAGGUGCCAUAUGUUCCGAAGGUGCCUUCAGUACCUAAACCGGAAUAUAAGGUGCCAUCUUUCCCAAAGAACGACUACUAUAAGAAUCCAUCUCCUAGUUCUCCACCACCGCCUUACUACACUAAUUCACCCCCUCCUCCUUCACCAUCACCACCACCUCCUUACUAUUAUCAAUCAUCUUCAACUCCUUCUCCAUCACCACCACCUCCAUAUUAUUAAAUUUUCAUUUUCCAUGUUCAACAUGUUUCAAGAAAGUCCUCCAUCUCAACAUA